AAUUAUGCAGUUGGCUUUAGUGAUGGGGAGGUGAUGGUGCUGCACGCGAUUCGGUUUUUAUAGUCAUUACAGAGCAAUACUGAUUCCUGUUAGUGACAAUCAUAAUGUUGCGGGUUGUGGUAGAAUCUGCGAAAGGUCUGCCUAAAAGUAAACUUGGAAGUACUCCGGAUCCCAUAGCAAAUAUUAUUUUUAAAGAUGAAAAGAAGAAAACCAAAACAAUUGACAGUGAAGUCAACCCAGUUUGGAAUGAAGUCCUUGAGUUUGAUUUGAAGGGUUCUGUGCUUGAUUCCUCAUCUUACAUUGAUGUGAUUGUGAAAGACUACGAAACUAUUGGAAAAGAUAAGUUUCUCGGCUCUGCAAAAAUCUCACUGAAAGACCUUGCAACUGGUCAAGUCAAAUCCUUUCCAUGUAAAGAUCUGGCUCUUGUCAAUGAAAAGGGACAGGCUACUGGGGCCACGGUGAGCCUUGUUAUUCAUUAUGAUCCUCCAGCCAAUGCCUCUCCAAAUCCAAAUGACCCACAGGCAGGAGAUGCUGCAGGGGAUUCUGGUAGAGGUGAAGAGGGGGAUGAGGACAUCGCUGAUGCAGGACAGAGUCCCUCUGCUCCUGGUCAGCCUGGGAACCCUAACCAAAGACUGGUCAAGAAAAACAGGAAAUUGAACCGACCCCUGGCCAAUAAACCUCAGGACUUUCAGAUCCGUGUCAGGAUAUUAGAGGGACGACAGCUCCCUGGGAAUAACAUCAAACCUGUUGUGAAGGUGAAUGUUUGUGGACAGACUCACAGAACAAGGAUCAAGCGGGGAAACAAUCCCUUCUUUGAUGAGAUGUUCUUUUACAACGUCAACAUGUUACCAUCGGACCUAUUUGAUCAGUAUGUCAGCAUUCGGGUGUACGACUCCUUCUCUCUGAGAGCUGACAGUCUCAUGGGGGAGUUCAAGGUUGAUGUUGGCUUCAUCUAUGAUGAACCAGCUCACUCUGUAAUGAGGAAGUGGCUCCUCCUGAAUGACCCUGAUGAAUCCAGUUCGGGCGCCAGAGGGUACCUUAAAGUCAGCAUGUUCAUCGUUGGGGCGGGAGACGAAUCACUGGUAGAGAAGAGGGACAUUAAUGAUGACCAGGAUGACAUAGAGAGUAACCUGCUGCUGCCAGCAGGGGUUACACUGCGAUGGGUCACCCUGUCUCUCAAAGUGUUCCGGGCCGAAGACAUUCCCCAGAUGGAUGAUGCCUUUAUCCAGUCAUUGAAGGGGAUGUUUGGAGUGGAUGGGGACAAGAAGAAUCUAGUGGAUCCUUUUGUCGAGGCUCACUUCGCUGGCAAAAGGCUGUGCACCCGAGUAAUUGAGAAGAAUGCCAACCCAGAAUGGAACCAAAUGCUGAAUCUUCAGGUCAAGUUCCCCUCCAUGUGUGAACGAAUCAAACUGACCGUCUUUGAUUGGGAUCGCCUGACGAGGAAUGACUCGAUUGGCACCAUAUACUUGAAUCUGGCCAAAAUAGCAUCCUCUGGUGGCGAAGUUCAAGACAAACAUGCAGGAUAUGGGUUCUCGCCAUCACUUGAAGGGAAGACUGGGGAGUCUGAGGUGGGUUUCCUGCCCGCCUUUGGGCCUUGCUAUAUCAACCUGUAUGGGAGUCCCAGAGAGUUCACUGGGCUUCCUGACCCCUACGAAGAGCUCAACUAUGGCAAAAGUGAAGGGGUGGCCUAUCGAGGAAGAAUCCUGGUUGAGCUCUCAACUAAACUGGAAGGCAAGGCUGACAAGACUGUAGAAGAGAUCCCUAGUGAUGACAUCUUGGUGGCCCAGAAAUACCAGCGCAGGAGGAAGUACUGUUUGUGUGUAGUGUUCCAUAGUGCCAGCAUGCUUCAGGAACCUGGCGAACCAAUCCAGUUUGAGGUCAGCAUUGGCAACUAUGGCAACAAGCUGGACACUACCUGUAAACCACUGGCCUCCACUACCCAGUACAGCUGUGCUGUGUUUGAUGGUAACCACUACUAUUACCUGCCCUGGGCUAAUGCCAAACCAGUGGUUGUCAUUACAUCAUUCUGGGAGGACAUCAGUCACCGUUUGGAUGCAGUCAACAUCAUUCUGUACAUAGCUGAACAUCUGCAAUCUAACAUCACUGCGAUGAAGUUGGCCAUCUUGGCUAAAGUCCCCGAAAACCGUCUGGCUGAGAUCUGGCUGAGGCUGGUAAAUCAGGUGAUCGAGGACCUCAGCAGUUUGAAAGUGCCAGAGCUGGAGGGCCACUCAAACCUGACCUCCCUGGACAUCCAGAUGAAGAAGCUACGUGACAGCACCCUGCAGACCAUCAUGGAGGGGGCCAAGAGCAUGAGAGAGGAGGCGACUGAGAUCAAGGAUACCCUGGGGGACAUCGAGGGCUGGCUGGACAAACUGAAGCAGCUCGCUGAGGAGCCCCAGAACAGCAUGCCUGAUGUGAUCAUCUGGAUGCUGAGGGGGGAGAAGAGAGUGGCGUACAGCCGCAUCCCAGCCUACCAGCUGCUCUACUCCACCUACAGCGAACAGGCCUGUGGACAGUUCUGUGGCAGGACCAGGAAUGUCUUCAUGCAGUACCCUAUGGAUAAAAACAAGGGUCUGAAGGUUCCAGUCCAGAUCAGAGUCAACAUGUGGCUGGGCCUGUCUGCAGACGAGAAAAAGUUCAACAAUUUCUCAGAAGGGACGUUCAGUGUGUUUGCUGAAUUGUAUGAGAAUCAGGCCUACAUGCUGGGGAAGUGGGGAACUACCGGUCUGGGUUUACGCUACAAAUGCUCUGAUGUGACUGGCAAGCUGAAGCUGAAACAAGAGAACUUCAUUCCCCCGCGAGGCUGGGAGUGGGAGGGAGACUGGUUCAUAGACCCAGAAAAGGGUCUGUUGACAGAGGCAGAUGCGGGACACACUGAGUUCAUGGAUGAAGUCUUCCAGAAUGAGACUCGCUACCCCGGGGGAGAGUGGAAGCCUGCCACUGAGCCCUACACUGACGUGAAUGGGGAGAAGACCCACACACCAGAGGAAAUAGAGUGUCCUGCAGGCUGGAGCUGGGGGGAUGAGUGGACCGUAGAUGAAAACAGGGCUGUGGACGAGAAAGGCUGGGAGUAUGGAAUCACCAUCCCUCCAGAUGACAAACCCAAGUCUUGGGUGCCAGCAGAGAAGAUGUACCACGUCCACCGACGGAGGAGAGUAUUCAGGCCCAGGAAGAGAACAUCAGCUGCUGGUACAACCACUGAGAAGCGAGACCCAGGAGACCCAGAAGGCUGGGAGUUCUCCUCUCUGAUUGGCUGGAAGUUCCACAGGCAGGAGCGUUCAGCCGACACAAUCCGACGCAGACGCUGGAGGAGGAAAAUGGCCCCUGCUGGCCGCCUGGGGGCAUCCGCCAUAUUCAAACUGGAGGGGGCGCUGGGGGUUGAUGUAGAUGAGAAAAAAAAGGAUGAGGUUGAUGCCUCCAAGCUCUUUGGUGCCAAUACUCCUACUGUGUCCUGUUCGUUUGACAGCUCACACCUCUACCACCUUCGCGUCUACGUUUACCAGGCCAGGAACCUUAUUGCCAUGGACAAAGACAGCUUCUCGGAUCCAUAUGCCCAUGUGUCCUUCCUGCACAUGAGUAAAACCACAGAGACCAUAAAAGCUACCCUGAACCCCACGUGGGACCAGACCCUGAUCUUCCAGGAUGUGGAGAUCUACGGGGACCCGCAGAACAUCGCCCAGUAUCCCCCUGACGUGGUGCUGGAGUUCUAUGACAAGGACCAGGUGGGGAAAGAUGAGCUAUUGGGCCGGAGCGUGUGUGUCCCCCUGGUGAAACUGAACCCCGGCAUGGACCAGACCCCCAAACUGCUCUGGUCCCCCAUCAUACAGAAGGACCAGCGGGCUGGAGAGGUGCUGGUGGCUGCUGAGCUCAUCCUGAAGGAUAAGGGUAACGAGACGGAGCUCCCUCUGGCCCCUCCCAAGAGGGCGGAGAAUCUGUACAUGGUGCCUCAGGGGAUACGGCCUGUGGUGCAGCUCAUGGCUAUUGAGAUUCUGGCCUGGGGGUUGCGCAACAUGAAGCCCUACCAGUUGGCCACUGUGGCCUCCCCUAGCCUUGUGGUAGAGUGUGGAGGGGAGAUGGUCCAGUCUGCUGUCAUCAAGAACAUGAAGAAGUGCCCCAACUUUCCUGGAUCUGUCCUCUUCCUUAAAGUGCUUCUUCCCAAAGAGGAGAUGUACACACCUCCCAUCGUGCUGAAGGUGAUCGACCACAGACCAUUUGGCAGGAAGCCAGUGGUUGGACAGUGUACCAUAGACACUCUGGAGGAGUUUCGCUGUGACCCCUACAUCAUCCAGAAGUCAUCCAUGUCCUCCAAAAUGGCUUUGAUGGCUGCUUUUCCUCACGACACCAGAAUUGACAUGGAAGACAGGAGGCCUCUGCUUGAAGCUCAGCAUGCAGAGAAGGAGAAGGAGACAGUUGAUUGGUGGAGUAAAUUCUACGCUUCCAUUGGAGAUCAUGAGAAGUGCCGUCCUUACCUUCAGAAAGGAUAUGACACUUUGAAGGUGUAUGAUAAGGAACUGGAGAAUGUUCCUGAGUUCAAACAACUCACCGAUUUCUGCAACACCUUCAAACUGCAGAGAGGCAAGAAUGAAGAUGAGGAGGAUGAUCCAUCCGUCGUUGGAGAAUUCAAGGGCUCUUUUAAGGUGUACCCUCUAUCAGACGACCCGGGUGUGGCUCCUCCUCCUCGCCAGUUCCGUGAACUGCCUGAAAGCGUGCCUCAGGAGUGCCUGGUCAGGAUCUAUGUGGUCAGAGGCAUCGACCUGCAGCCCAAGGACAACAACGGUCAGUGUGAUCCCUAUAUAAAGAUUUCCCUGGGAAAGAAGUCAAUUGAGGACCGAGAUAACUACUUACCAAAUACCACCAACCCUGUUUUUGGAAGAAUGUUUGAGAUGUCAUGUUUUCUGCCUCAAGACAAAGACCUGAAGAUCUCAGUGUAUGACUAUGAUCUGCUGACCCGCGAUGAGAAAGUGGGAGAGACAGUGAUUGACCUGGAGAACCGCUUCCUGUCGCGUUUUGGCUCCUACUGUGGCCUGCCUCAGACAUACUGCAUCUCUGGAAUCAACCAAUGGCGUGACCAUUUGAAGCCCUCUCAGAUCCUUCAGAACCUGGCCCGCCUCAAAGGCGUCCCUCCACCCAGGUCAGAAGAUGAUGGCAAAGCACUGUCAUUCAAUGGGACUCAGUACACCCUGGCUCAAUUUGAGGCCAACAAAGAGAUCCACCAGCACUUGGGUCCUGCCGACGAACGGAUCUCUCUGCACGUGCUCAGAACACAUGGACUGGUGCCUGAGCAUGUGGAGACAAGGACACUGUUCAGCAGCUUCCAGCCCCAACUUUCUCAGGGAUGCCUUCAAAUGUGGGUGGAUGUUUUCCCCAAAAACAUGGGCCUUCCCGGACCUCCCUUCGACAUUGUGCCACGCAAGGCCAAGAAGUAUUUCCUGCGAGCUGUUGUCUGGAACACCUCUGAUGUCAUUCUGGACGAAACUAGUAUUACUGGGGAGCGCAUGAGUGAUAUCUACGUCAAAGGCUGGAUGCCAGGUAUGGAGGAGGACAAGCAGAAGACCGACGUCCACUACAGGUCUCUGGACGGAGACGGCAACUUCAACUGGAGGUUCGUCUUUGGCUUUGAAUACCUGCCCGCUGAACAGCUGUGUCUGGUCUCCAAGAAGGAGCACUUCUGGAGUCUAGACAAAACAGAGUUCAGGAUACCCCCCAAGUUGAUUGUUCAAAUUUGGGAUAAUGACAAGUUCUCAUUGGAUGACUACCUGGGCACGGUAGAGCUGGAUCUCCGUAAACUUACCCCUCCGGCCAAGGUUUCAAAGACGUGCAACCUGAGUAUGAUGGAGGAGGUGAUGGAUGCACGACCACCCAAAUCCGACCUGGCCAAUUCACUGUUCGCUCAGAAGUCUGUCAGAGGCUGGUGGCCAUGUGUCACUGAACAGGAUGGGAAGAAAGUCCUUGGUGGGAAGGUUGAGAUGACUCUGGAAAUCGUGUCUGAGAAGGAAGUGGACGAAAAGCCUGCUGGGAAGGGCAGGGAUGAACCCAACAUGAACCCAAAGCUUGACUUCCCUAAGCGUCCGGACACGUCCUUCUUCUGGUUCACGAACCCCUGUAAGACCAUGAAGUUCAUUGUGUGGCGCAGAUUCAAGUGGCUUUUCAUUGGACUGAUCCUACUGAUUCUAGUGCUGCUCUUCGUCGGAAUCCUGUUGUACUCUUUACCGAACUACAUUUCAAUGAAAAUUGUGAAGCCAUUCAAAUGAAAACGCCAUAUUUUGCUCUUAUGUCAAGAAGAACAGAGACCAAAGUCUUCCAAUGUAUUUUCAACCCAAAAUAUCAUGACUAUUUUUAUGUAUUCUAAACUGUAUUUGUGUAAUAUUGUCCCACAGAAUGCAUAAUUAGUAUAUUGUUCAAACCAACCUCUGACAUAAUUAUAUUAUGUUAAACAAUGUUAAAUAUUAUCUUUGCACAAGUUAAUCAGCAUUCCUUGAACCUUAUGUACUUAAAAUCUUUUUAAUGGAUGCUCUGUGCUUUGUAAUUAACAUUUAUGUGGUCAUAUACACACUGAUUCUUUAAAUAAAUGAUUGUUUUAAGGCCCUGAUGAAUGAUGAUCAGUAGACCAAUUGCAUUGGGGGUCUUUGUGGUUAUACAGUAUAUACUGAACAAAAAUAUAAAUGCAACAUGUAAAGUGUUGGUUUCAUGAGCUGAAAUAAAAUAUCCCUGAAUUUUUC